AUGCCGCACGCUAUGUUGUUUUGUCCGCUCUCCUGGACCCGUUCCUUUCACUCUUUACCACUCUUUAUCAGGCGGUUUGAAUACUCAUUUAUACAAGCGCCCGUCAAUACCCAACCGACCGCAUUCCUGCGCUCGCGCACUUUCCACCGACUGACUCCAUCCCCAUCGGGGAAUCCAGCCUUCAACCACGAGCAAAGCAACGACGCUGAAGCGGAAUACGAUCGUUUACGCGACCUCGCCCGCCAGGAGGCUUCCAAGCGCAAUUCAUGCUUUCAACGGUCGCAAGAGGCGUAUACCAGCGGCGAUGGCGCAAGGGCCAAGGAACUCUCGGAACAGGGCAAAGCCCACGGCCGCAAGAUGGACGAAUACAACAAGCAAGCAUCGGAGUUCAUCUUUCGCGAAAACAAUGCCAAUGGCCGAGUCGCGGCCGACACCAUUGAUCUCCACGGCCAGUUCGUUGAGGAGGCCGAGGAGAUCCUCGAAGAGCGCAUUAAAUACGCCAAAGCCCACGGCCAGACACACCUCCAUGUGAUCGUGGGCAAGGGCAACCAUUCCGCCCACCAUGUUCAGAAGAUCAAGCCGCGCGUCGAGCAGGUGUGCCGGGAACUCGGUCUGCAGUACACGACGGAGGAAAACGCCGGCCGCAUCUAUGUCAAUCUGACGGGCGGUCCGGCCGAUCUGGCUGCGGCCGGUGGCAGCAGCGGUGGUCAUCACACCCCGUCCCACCACCAGUAUCCUGGGCAGCAGUCGCACCCGCAGCACCAACAACAUCACCAGCAGCAGCAACAGCAGGACCCGGUCGAGCAGGUGGUCAAUGCGGUUCUGCCUCGUGUCAUGCGCAAGCUGGAGAAGGCUUGCUGUGUGGUGAUGUAG